AUGGCCUUGCACUAUUUUCCAGAGGCUUUCACGUUCAAUGGGACUCCCGGUGAAAGAUCACUGCGUGACAGAGAACAAGUGCUCCCAGAAUCCCUUUGUUACACAUCCUCCAUAACGAGAGUACUCUGUUUUGUUGCAAUAGGCCGCCCCGAUCUUGAAGACCAUUGGGAGUCACUGCAAUCCGAUGAAGCAUUCGAGAAGGCGAGCCUGCUUCUCACGACAAGUGGUAUUUUCGUAACCACUGGCUCUCCCGUGUCAUAUCUUGAAUAUAAUUCACCUGCAACCUAUUUCCUGCUCUUUAUGUCACUCAUGAUGGCAAUGAUUGCGAUGCUCACAUCUGGCUUGAACAUGAUCCGCUGGCUACAAGCCGAUCGGCAGUGGACUCGAGAACAACUCAUGCCGGGCGGCUACUUCCUCCUGUCCUACCUGUUAUCGAUCGUUAUGCCCAUACUAUUUGUUGGCUUGUCCUUGAAUUGCUUCAUAUUUGCGAUGUUGGUAGCAGGCUUCUACUCCCAGAACACGUACAACCGCAGCUCGGCUACGGCCCGCUCCGGCUUGGCGUUCAUUGGUUUGCAAGUAUUUUGGCUAUCCAAGUGAGCCAGGCUACUUAUGUAUAGUUUGGUCUGGUUCGUUAGCCGUUUGGAGUCCCGCGAACCAACUGUGAGCCAAAAAUAAUCAACAGCGGCUCGAGCUGGCUUGAGGCCAGCUCAAGCUGAUUUAUAAAUACGAAAUCACGUCUCUGUUGAAGUCUCAUUCCCGGU